GGCUCGGGAUUCAAACUGCGGCGCCUAGGACUCUCCGGGACCUGCGUUGGUGUGGCCGCGGCCGCCGCUGCGUGCGGGCCAUGGAGCACUGCAUCGUGGGGCCCGGGCCAUACCGGGCCACCAGGCUGUGGAAUGAAACAGUCGAGCUUUUUCGCACCAAGAUGCCGUUACGGAAACAUCGGUGUCGCUUCAAAAGUUAUGAACGUUGCUUCACAGCGGCCGAAGCUGUGGAUUGGCUACACGAGCUGUUGAGGCGCAGCCAAAACUUUGGCCCCGAAGUGACCCGCAAACAAACGGUCCAGCUGCUAAAAAAAUUCCUGAAGAAUCACGUUAUUGAAGACAUCAAGGGAAAAUGGGGCCAGGAAGACUUUGAAGACAACCGUCACUUGUACAGAUUUCCUCCUUCCUCACCCCUGAGACCAUAUCCAAAGAGGCCCCCAUAUCAAAAGGAUGUUAUUAAAUUUCCGGAAUGGGAUGAUCCCCUACCAGGCACUUCACAAGAGAAUAUCCCAGUGAGGCCAGUUGUGAUGAAUUCUGAGAUGUGGUACAAGCGUCACAGCAUUGCUAUUGGAGAGGUGCCGGCUUGCCGUCUUGUCCACCGCAGACAGCUGACAGAGGCCAAUGUAGAAGAGUUAUGGAAGACUAUGACAUUAUCAUAUUUACAGAAAAUCCUUGGCCUGGAUUCCUUAGAAGAAGUUUUAGACGUUAAUCUUGUCAACUCCAAGUUCAUCAUCCAUAAUGUAUAUAGUGUGAGCAACCAGGGAGUUGUUAUCCUUGAUGACAAGUCAAAAGAACUUCCUCACUGGGUACUGUCAGCUAUGAAGUGUUUGGCAAAUUGGCCUAAUUGUUCGGAUUUGAAGCAGCCUAUGUAUUUAGGAUUUGAAAAAGAUGUCUUUAAAACUAUAGCUGAUUACUAUGGUCACUUGAAAGAGCCUUUGCUUACGUUUCACCUUUUUGAUGCCUUUGUCAGUGUAUUAGGUUUGUUACAGAAAGAGAAAAUGGCCAUUGAAGCAUUUCAAGUUUGCUGCCUCCUCCUGCCUCCUGAAAAUAGAAGAAAGUUACAGCUGUUGAUGAGGAUGAUGGCAAGGAUCUGCUUAAAUAAGGAGAUGCCACCACUGUGUGAUGGCUUUGGCACCCGAACACUGAUGGUUCAGACGUUUUCCCAUUGCAUCUUGUGUUCCAAAGAUGAAGUGGACUUGGAUGACUUAUUAGCUGCUAGGUUGGUGACGUUUCUGAUGGACAAUUACCAAGAGAUUCUGAAAGUCCCUUUGGCCUUGCAGACCUCCAUAGAGGAGCGUGUGGCCCAUCUACGAAGAGUCCAGAUAAAAUACCCAGGAGCUGAUAUGGAUAUCACUUUGUCUGCUCCAUCAUUUUGCCGUCAAAUUAGCCCAGAGGAAUUUGAAUACCAAAGAGUAUACGGCUCUCAGGAACCUCUGGCAGCAUUGUUGGAGGAAGUCAUCACAGAUGCCAAACUCUCCAGUAAAGAAAAGAAGAAAAAAUUGAAGCAGUUUCAAAAGUCCUAUCCUGAAGUCUACCAAGAACGAUUUCCUACACCAGAAAGUGAAGCACUUCUGUUUCCUGAAAAACCUAAAGCAAAACCACAGCUGCUGAUGUGGACACUAAAAAACCCCUUCCAACCAUUUCAAAGAACUAGAAGUUUUCGGAUGUAAUACUUGGAUAGCUGUUAAAGACCUCUGUUGUUGCUGUUGCUUUUGAGUAAAUAGGUGGUUAGAGGACUAUGGUGGUGGAAGAAAGAAGCACAUAAACCACAGACUACUGAAUUAUAAAGAUUUCCUGACUUCAAAAAAUGUUGAGCCAUUAUCAGUAUUUUUAUAAAAUUCAAUGCUGUUUUUAAAGUGUACAAACCAAUUAAAAAUAAUGAGACAAAUAUAUAGUGGUAAAGUUAACGUUUUUAAUUUGUUACAAAAUGUAAGGGUAUUUUCAUUUUUUUAUUUGUUGUUUCCUAUGGUGUUUAUAAAAUAUUUGUGUGUACAUCCUAGUUACUGAUGUCUUUGUGAUAACCAAGACUGAAAAAUAGUGUAUAUGUUUGAAUAAGAACGACACUGAGUACUGUUACUGUGAUGCUAUUGACCUAAUAGCCAAUUGUGAUUUCUGCUGUAUAAAUUGUUUUUCACUGUUGCACAAAGAUUCUUAAUGUUCUUUAUUACAAUGGCUGUGUCUUUUAUUGCAGAUCUGUUGGGUGCUAUGACAGAUUUUAUGAAAGCUAGUUCUUUUAUGAUGUAUGUAUUAGUUGGUGUUUACUUGUAAAUGAAGUAGAUUUUCAUCUGCCUGCAGUGGUAUAAUUUCAGUCUUGGCUAAAGAUGGACAAUUGAACUGGAUAAAUUCUUUUGGUCUCAUUAGCCCUGUGAUUCUAAGUCAAAUCUUUGUUGUUUCAUGAAAAACACAAAUGGGUUAAGUAAAAUGAGACUACUUCCUUUAUAAGUAUCAAUAUAUUUUCCCCAGCUUCCUCAUCCUUUUGAAAGUAAAUGGAAUGUAAAUAAAUACUGUUCUUUUUAAUACUGUA